AAUUUUACUUAAUUUUAUUGGUUAGGUUUAUGGAGUGGACCCCUUAAAAAAGAGGCUUUCUAGCUUUAAAAGGGAAUGCGGAAAAACACUCAUUGCCAUGCAGGUCACGCGUGCCGAGCUCAUUAAAAAUGACCCGAUUGGAAAAUGGUGGGUAUCCGGAAGCGCUUCUUUGAAUGAAGUUCAACAAAAAACCUCUUUUCUUGACGAAGUCAACAGUACUUGCGCUGAUUCUGGUCUAUUGGAGCUUGCUCGAGUACAACGAAUGAACACGGCUAUUCGCCGAGCUAUAUUUGUUACAAUGAUGAGCAGUGAGGAUUAUAUAGAUGCCUUUACAAAACUCCUGAAGCUGAAACUCAAAGCAAAACAAGAACGAGAAAUAGUGAAAGUUUUAGUGGAAUGUUGCAUGAACGAGCAAACUUUCAACCCCUUUUAUGCUCAUCUGGCUUCCAAACUUUGCCAGUUAUCAUCAAACUGGAAAUACACAUUCCAGUACACUUUUUGGGACCACUUUAAAGAACUUUCGAGCUUUUUUGUUUCAGUUAAAGCAAAUCUCGCCAAACUGUUAGCCUUUUUACUUGUGGAUUCAAGCUUAUCGCUUUCAAUUCUUAAAGUCUUUUCAUUUGUCGAAUUGGAUUGCCAUACUCUCCUUUUUUUGUGUGUGCUUUUCAAAAAAGUUCUUCUACCUACUGAGCCGUCCACCAUUCAGCUUAUAUUCAGGCGAAUAGCCCGAAAUAACGAUUUAUUUAAUCUGAGAGAAGGCCUUACUUUCUUUUUUCAGAAAACUUUAUUAAAGUCCGCAAAAGACUCUGAAGAAAAAGAACUUUUAAAGAAGAAAGUGAAUUUGGCUAAAGAGGCCCUGCGCGAGCCCGUUUUUUCUUUUUAGUUCUUCAUGUAUAUAUUGUUAGAGCAGUAGAAUGACUUUGAGCUAUUGAUUUUUCCAAGUAAAUUUCAAAUGCCCUUUUCUGGUUUCCUUUACAGAGCUGCCUUUCACGUUUUUAAGAAAAAUCCUUUUUAGAGUUGAAGGAAUUGAACUAGUGAUUCUUUUUGUUUGAACUCGCAUUUGUCUUAGUAGAAGGCGUCUGUUCGGUAGCUGCCUUGACCUUACUCGACGCAUUGCUGAAUCGGUAAUUUCUGUGUCAUUUUCUUCAUCUUGAAAGUCCUGACG